AUGCCGGCCGCCGAACCCCCCGUUGUGUCUUCAGAGACCGAUCUUGUCAAAAUGGAGGACCGGAAGCGGCCUGCGGCGGAUAACAAUGACUCGGCCCCGCCUUUAAAGAAACAAGCAACCACCGUGAAUGGUGCGAGCAAACCUCACCCUGAUGCAGAUAUGCCUUGGAAGGAUGACCUAGAGCGUUUCCAAAAAGAUGCGAUCCUGCGUCAAAUGCAAGAAUUCAAGCGCGAGAAGGUUGCUCUGGAGUCACGUUUAAAUCAAAUGACGAAGGCCGCCACCCAUCACAAUGACCACCUGCGUAUUAUUGACUCCUGGUUCGGUCAGUUGAUUGAUGAAGUGAAAGUUCUUCUGGGUUCUUCACAGGGAAUGAUCAAAGUAGAGCAUGCUUUCAAGAGUUCGCUGCAGUUUGAGGACCUCGAAGGGUUUGAAUCACACCUGAAGUCACGCUCUGAUGAUAUUCGUGAAAUAAUUUCUCAGUUUAAAUCCACAUCCGCCAAUGUGUCUCCCGAUGUCGCUGAGCUCCAGAGUCAACUUGCGAAGAAGCUUGCCGAGGAAAAGGCUACUAUUUCGGAACUUGAAAAAACCCUAGCUGAGAAGCAGCAGCUUGAAGAGAGUUUGGAAGCGGCUUCGUUACGAUACAUGGUGGCUGAAAAGAAACUUGAUCGCGCUCGAAGCUUAACGGUAGCCAAAUUAGAGAAGCAGUUUAUGCUUGGUGGUCAACGGCCUAGUUCGGACAGUGUGCAGACAAAACGGGAAGAGUCCUCUCCCGCAAAUGGUGGGACGCCCGUGGCGGAACGCAGUCUUGAGUUAGAGGAGACCAAUAAUAGGCUCACCGCAACUUUCGAGAAGCAAAAGGAACAGCUGCAGAAGCUGGAGGCUGAUAAUGCCAGUUUGCUUGGUCAAAUUAGUGAUUUGAAGAUUAAGUAUUCCAAGCUGACUGAUGACGAUUACGCCCAUACCGACCUUUUCAAGCAACUCCGAUCACAGUACGAAGAUGUAGUGAAACGUAUCAACCACCUGGAAGCAACAAAUGUGCAGCUGCGUGAAGAAGCUGAGAAAUACCGAUCGGAGCGGACUGCAUAUAAAAUGCAGGUGGAAGAAGAAAUCCGGGGCACUAUUUCUGAGAAAGAAGCUCAAUUAAUGCGGGCCGAGACCGAUUUAGCUCGGAUACGAAAUGCUCGCGAUGAACUAUUGGCCGAUCAGCAAAUGCGGAAAGCUUCACAAGACCAGGAGAAGGCUACCGCUGGCAAAGUCCAAGAGCUGGCCGAUGCUCGGGAAGCUCGAAUUACUGCUUUAGAGUCGGAGAUUGAGCGACUGCGCCUACAGAUUGAAGGAUCCAAAUCAGCUGAGAAUGUGGUCGAUAUGCCACUCGAGGAGCUCCGUUCCAAAUACACCAGUCUAGAACAACAAUAUUCCAUGCUCAACACGGAGUUGACAUCUAUGCAAAUGGCAUAUAAAAAGUUCUCAACACUUGCAUCCCAAAAGGUUGCGGACUUUGCCGCUAUGGAAGAGAAGGUUGCGCGAUUGACGGCUGAGAAGUCAAAGGCAGAUCAGAAGUAUUUUGCAGCCAUGAAGAGCAAAGAUGCUCGUGAUUUGGAGGUUCGCACACUCCGCAUGCAAAAUUCCAAGACAUCGGAUAUUGUUUCACAGCUGAAGGACUCCGAAUCUGCAACACGUGCUUUAUUGUCUAACAUGGAGAAACAAGCCAAUGAAACCAAGGAAGCUCUCAACUUGGCUCUUGACAAGCACCGAGCCACUCAACAGCAAUUAACUGAGAGCAAUAUUGUGGCCGAAGGAUUAAAGAACCAAGUCAAUGAAUUGAAGGCGCUAUCUGUCUCCAAGGACUCCACCCUAUCCAACACAUCUUCCGCCUUGCGUCAAGCCGAGACCGAGAUUGUUAGCCUGAAACAGUCGCUUUCAGACACAAAGAAGAGCUUGGAUAAUUGGAAAAACAAGAGUCUGGGCAACAAUUCUUCCGAAUAUGAGAUGUUGCGGACACUUGCCCUGUGCACGGUCUGUCGCCGUAACUUCAAGAACACAGUUAUCAAGACCUGUGGUCAUGUCUUCUGCAAAGACUGCGUCGAAGAACGCCUUACCUCGCGAUCACGCAAGUGUCCCAAUUGCAAUCGGUCUUUUGGAAGCAAUGAUCACAUGCACAUUACCCUUUGA